UCACACCCUGAGAAACUCAAGCCCAAACUCACAUGAAGGGAACAGAAUAUCAACCGCCUCGCUUGUCCCCAGCAACAGCUCACAGAGAUUCUUGAGCUCAUCCAUUGUAUCUCCGUUCCAUCGAAUAUUCGCCAAGAACAAGAUGUCAUGCACGUCGUAUCCGCGCCUUCCUUGUGAUGCUGCAACUGCCUCUCGCAGCCGCCGUGCAGCAUCAUUCGUCCUCCGAAGAUUGAGAAGCAGGGCCACAUGAGAGAGGAGCAGCUUUGGGACGAGAACAGUGUCGACAUCCAGUUCUUGCACUCCUCGCACUCUGUCCAGCAUCUCCUCAACAUCCCGCAGUCUCCGAGUUGCUUCAGUUGGCGUGAACUCCCCCUGCUUGUCGCGAGUUUCUUCUAUCAAUCGCUCCGCUUGCUGCAAUACUGGCAUGGCUUCCGUGCUGAUGCUGGUGUCUGGCCAAUGGGCAGUUGGAAGCUGGUGCCGCGCGGCCAUGGCCCUGUCGUUGGAAGUGAGGCCUUCAAGCUGGUUCCAGUAUGAUGCGGUGAUCUCCCUGUCGCGGGCAAUAGGUCGAAUGGCUCGUACAAUGAUGAUAUCAUCGAUGGCAUACCUGAGGAAGCACAUACUCGGUCAGCACAGAAAGAAUUUCAUCCACUGGCACGCUUACCAGAUAGCGUUGCGCUUCAUCCCUUCGUGAGCGAUUAGCGAUGGCAGUACCCAGAAUCCAAAGACCCUGGGGAGGCCAGGACCAACUGAACAUGACAGAAUCAUCGUCAUUUCAAUGGCAGGACGUAUCGCUUCCUUACUGCUUCGGCUUCGUGCCGAUGGUGGACCAGAAAUGUGGCCAAUCACACUCCCGACCAUGCGAAACUUGCGCACCAUGAAAUCAUUGACGUCCGCGCCAGUGUCAAUAGCAGCCACAGGAGAGCCGAACUCCUCGCCACUCUCCGACUGAAUGAAUCGGGGAAGCAGCGGAAAGCCGGGGGUGAGGCCCAAAAGUGUCUGAUGCGACGGCGGCCCAUGGGCCGCCAUGGCCGACGGCUGUCCCCUGCCCUUUGGCAGACAGCACAGCUGAGAGAUAAGCCGAGGGUGCCAGGGGGCAGACGUCGAAGAGCGAAGGAGCGGCGUGAUCUCAUCUAGUGCGCUUGGCUGUUCUUUCCGCAGUGGGUUGGCCUUCAGCGCCCUCUGCACGAUUAGCAGCUGGCCCACUUGAAUGUCCUUUGCCGCAUGGACACUCGGCUGCUGGCCCUCAGCGUGUCGCACGGCAAGCGGGCCCACAUACUCGGCAAUGUCCAACUGCUUGUUAUCGGAUUCGUCCCUGGCUUGUCGGUAGAUGGCGGCCCAGUCAAAGUCGCCUCUCGCGUUGGCUCGGUGAGAGCGGACACGUUGCUGCAGCGUGUCGGCCUCUACCCUCAUCUGACCCUGCGAUGCCUGCAACACACACACACCACCACACACAUCAUCCCCUUUUCCAUCAUUUCCCCUCCCCCACUCACGUGUUUCUUGGUGGCCCUGGCAAUGACAUCAGCAGCGUCGAAGAGCCGCUCGGCCAGCAGCCCCUGGCCCAGCCGCACGAGGCACUUCUGCUGGAUGGUGCUGAGCUGCUGGGAGGGGCCAUGACGCAGGCAGCUCAGAUGGAGGGCGGCGGCCGCGCACCCCACUGCAUCCGGUCCCCCCUCCCUGAUGCGCUCGGGCUUGAGCAGACACGCCGAGGCAUUGCUCAGCAGCGCAGUGAGCGUCGACACGUCAGCAGCAGCAAGACCGGCAGUGAAUGUGUCACGUGCCUCCGCAUGUCUGCCCUCCUGCUGCAGCUGCUCGCCUGCCGUGAGUGCAUCGGCCACCUCGAGUGGCUCAGACGGUCCCGGUGCCUCGACUCGCGCGCAGAGGUGCUGCAUGGCGUCCUUCAUCAGCCUCCCUGUCGCCUUGGGCGAUGGCAGGGCGACAUCGCCGUCACCCUGGCGGCCAUUGAGCCAGUUGAUGAUGCCCUUCCCGUAGAGCUCUGCGGCUGUCUUCUGGAUGAGAGCCGACUUACUACUGCCGGGCUCGAGGGAGGAGGGAAGGGGGAGGAUGCGGAGGGCCGUGGUGACGUCGAUGAAGGCGCUGACGUGGCUCUCGAGGGCGAAAUGACACUGCGCCCGACGGACCAACAGCUCAGCGAGUGACUCGCGCUCCGACCGAAUGCCCUGGCACACACACACAUGAACAUGAGUGCAUGGCUAUAUCGCCGUUCGUGCUCAUGUGCCUUCGCUGCGCACCUUGAGAUAUGCACAGUAGGCGUCGAUAUACUUGCCAUUCGCGAAUUUGUCGUUUCCAUCGGCCUUCCAAUCAUCAGCGGUGAGGGGAGACGCUGGGUUGGCAGCAGCCGCUGCGGCGCUGCUGCAAUGACCAACCACAGACAACACCAUGAUGCAUCUGUUCGUCGUAUGUCCACAGUCUGCCUGCAGCAUCAUGCCUGCUGGGUUGGGAUGGCGGCAUGGAAGGAGCGUUGCUGCUCGAAAUUGGCUGAGAAUGGGCGGUGGCAGAAUCAAUGAACGCCAUCACCUGACAGCAACAAAGCAACAGAGGCGAUCUCAAUGUGUUUGCUACUCAAGCCCCCGGAAUUACCGUAGGCGAUAGAUUGAGCGCCGCUGCGUUGUCUCUCAGCUCGACAAAAGAAUCCAACUGCCACACACACACACACGCACACACACCGAAUACGUCCGGCAUUCUCACCAUGCGAAGCUGGAUUCAUCACUUUCUCACCGGCACAAUGCGCGAAGCGAUAAUGUUGCUCGUACAUGUUCCCCUCCUCAU